AUGGGCGGCAGGCAAAUCCGCCCCGCGGGCGUCUACAAGGCCGUCCGCGAAGAGCUCAAGCACCAGCUCAUGCCGGGCUACAACGUGCCCACGCCGCCGUGGUUCGCCGUCAUGAACUCGGUGCCCCCGUCAGAGGCCCUCGUGCGCACCGUCACGCCGCGCCACCGCGUGCCCAACCCAAAGGCCUCGAAGCCCAAGAAGCUGUUCCGCCCGCAGAGCAUUGCGUACCCGGAGGAUGCGCUGCGGACGAGCUUCUACAAGGAUCACCCGUGGGAGCUGGCCAGGCCGAGGGUUGUGCUGGAGUUGGACGGCAAGGAUUACCAGCAUUGUGACUGGAGUAAAGGGCUGAGACAGCCGGGUAUCCCGCUAACAGGUGAAAGCGUCGUGCAACGCCAGCUGUGGUUAAUGGAAAACGAAAAGAUGAGCAAGCGCAAGGCAUACGACACGGUCCGCCGAGAAUUCUACAGGCUGCGCCAGCAAGAGGAGGUCGAGAAGAGGAUAGCCAUCGAGGAGGCGCGCUACGUCGGCGCGUACUUUGGCAAGACGAGGCUGGACAUUGGCAUGCAGCUCGAGGACCAGGAGUACGAGAACUGGAAGAUUUGGGCCGGCAAGGAGACGGCGAACCGGGAGGCAAGAGCAAGUUCGGACAUUGAGACGUUUGGGCUCGAGGAGGAGGAAGUCGUGGCGGAGACGGCGGAGGCGCAGCCUGUGACGGUGACGGCAUAG